CUGGGUGGUUAUUCGAGUCGAUUCGAUCCGAUUCGAGUCGAUUCGAGUCGAUUCGAGCCGAUUCGAGCCGAUUCGAGUCGAUUCGAGCCGAUUCGAGCCGAUUCGAAUCGAUUCGAAUCGAUUCGAAUCGAUUCGAAUCGAUUCGAAUCGAUGAAAAAUUGGGGUUUUCGCCUUCACAGUUACUUCUGGGUGGUUAUUCGAGUCGAUUCGAUCCGAUUCGAGUCGAUUCGAGUCGAUUCGAGCCGAUUCGAGCCGAUUCGAGUCGAUUCGAGCCGAUUCGAUCCGAUUCGAGUCGAUUCGAGUCGAUUCGAGUCGAUUCGAAUCGAUUCGAAUCGAUUCGAAUCGAUUCGAAUCGAUGAAAAAUUGGGGUUUUCGCCUUCACAGUUACUUCUGGGUGGUUAUUCGAGUCGAUUCGAUCCGAUUCGAGUCGAUUCGAGUCGAUUCGAGCCGAUUCGAGCCGAUUCGAGUCGAUUCGAGCCGAUUCGAAUCGAUUCGAAUCGAUUCGAAUCGAUGAAAAAUUGGGGUUUUCGCCUUCACAGUUACUUCUGGGUGGUUAUUCGAGUCGAUUCGAUCCGAUUCGAGUCGAUUCGAGUCGAUUCGAGCCGAUUCGAGCCGAUUCGAGUCGAUUCGAGCCGAUUCGAGCCGAUUCGAAUCGAUUCGAAUCGAUUCGAAUCGAUUCGAAUCGAUUCGAAUCGAUGAAAAAUUGGGGUUUUCGCCUUCACAGUUACUUCUGGGUGGUUAUUCGAGUCGAUUCGAUCCGAUUCGAGUCGAUUCGAGUCGAUUCGAGCCGAUUCGAGCCGAUUCGAGUCGAUUCGAGCCGAUUCGAUCCGAUUCGAGUCGAUUCGAGUCGAUUCGAGUCGAUUCGAGCCGAUUCGAAUCGAUUCGAAUCGAUUCGAAUCGAUGAAAAAUUGGGGUUUUCGCCUUCACAGUUACUUCUGGGUGGUUAUUCGAGUCGAUUCGAUCCGAUUCGAGUCGAUUCGAGUCGAUUCGAGCCGAUUCGAGCCGAUUCGAGUCGAUUCGAGCCGAUUCGAAUCGAUUCGAAUCGAUUCGAAUCGAUGAAAAAUUGGGGUUUUCGCCUUCACAGUUACUUCUGGGUGGUUAUUCGAGUCGAUUCGAUCCGAUUCGAGUCGAUUCGAGUCGAUUCGAGCCGAUUCGAGCCGAUUCGAGUCGAUUCGAGCCGAUUCGAGUCGAUUCGAGCCGAUUCGAGCCGAUUCGAAUCGAUUCGAAUCGAUUCGAAUCGAUUCGAAUCGAUUCGAAUCGAUGAAAAAUUGGGGUUUUCGCCUUCACAGUUACUUCUGGGUGGUUAUUCGAGUCGAUUCGAUCCGAUUCGAGUCGAUUCGAGUCGAUUCGAGCCGAUUCGAGCCGAUUCGAGUCGAUUCGAGCCGAUUCGAGCCGAUUCGAAUCGAUUCGAAUCGAUUCGAAUCGAUUCGAAUCGAUUCGAAUCGAUGAAAAAUUGGGGUUUUCGCCUUCACAGUUACUUCUGGGUGGUUAUUCGAGUCGAUUCGAUCCGAUUCGAGUCGAUUCGAGUCGAUUCGAGCCGAUUCGAGCCGAUUCGAGUCGAUUCGAGCCGAUUCGAGCCGAUUCGAGUCGAUUCGAAUCGAUUCGAAUUCGAAUCGAUUCGAAUCGAUUCGAAUCGAUGA